AUGAAUAUUUUAAGAGUUCCCCCAUCGAGCAUUCUUUCAACGAGGAGUGCACGUAAAAUGGAAGAAAAACAAUGGCUACUAAAACUCUCACAAUUGAAAAAUGCGACACGAAAAGUCACAAUCAUAACGAAAUCAACGACACAAUUGAAUGCAUCAUCGUCUUUGGACAAUGACAUAUUUGAAUAUGAUGCAAAUAAUGAAUUCAUUAGCUCAUUAUCAUUGCUGACAUUAAUUAUAUUAUAUGGAAUUGUUGUUUUUAGUGGAAUUUGUGGUAAUUCUACGUUACUUAUCUCAUUAUGCUCGCAAUCAACAGCACGUGUGAAAAAUCCUUUACUGCUGGCACUCUGUACAGCUGAUUUACUUGUUUCAUUAGUGUCAGCACCUCUGACGAUUAUCGGUGUUGUUUUGCGAAUGCAAAGCAGAACAAUGUCAUAUGUUGUAGUUAACAUUGGAUGUAAAGCCUUUCAUUAUUUACAGUCUUUUCCUGUCGCAGCGAGUAGUUUAUGUCUCCUUAUGCUAUCAUUAGAUCGUUAUGUAACUGUAAAACAUCCAAGACUGGCACAAUUACGGCAACGACAAUUUCUUCCUUCAAUUCUUGCAUUUCUUUCAUGGAUAGGAUCUGCGAUAUUGUGCAUACCGCUAUUACUAGUAUAUAGAGUAUUCACGGCCUCAUCAUCAUCAACAAAAUCAUUCAAGACAACGACGACGCCAUAUACAGCAUCAUCGACAUCUUCAUCUUCAUCAACGACCGUAACUGGACAUCAAUUAAUUUCUUCUACAACAUUUCCAAUUUAUCGUGAUAGCAAUUUAAUUAAUGACAAAAGACUUUGUGUCUCCGAUUAUGGAUCAAGUGAAUGGCAUAUCGUGUUCAUAGUAUCGUACGUUAGUAUCGUAUUUAUAAUUCCCAUUAUAGGCGUUAUAUUCAAUCACAUAGGUGUUCGUAGAAAAUUAUGUGCAUUAUCUCUAACAGCUCGUGCUCAGCAUGGAGAGCUACCGUUGCCAAUGCCAACAAUACUCCGACGUCCAACACAUAUGAUAUUAGUAACUGGAAUGACUCCCAAUGGCCUCAAUGUACCCGACUCAUCAGUUGAUGAUUAUCUUAGUCCACAGAAAUCUUCUAGUAGACGAAGCAUUGGCAGCGACAGUAAUCAAUGUGGACUCAAUCGACUGAAUAGUAAUCGAAGAUUUAAUGGAUCGUCUAGCAUCGUAAAUCCGUCUAAUAGUAAAAAUGGCCUUGGUACAGACGAAGAGAAUCGCAAUUUAAUGGCUGAAACUCGAUUUCGUGCUAGUCCGAGAACACCCAGAUCAAUACGACGAGUACAAAAUCAACAAAUACGAACUCGUUUAAAUUCACCACCAAUCCCACCAGCAGAACUACCGAUACCGCAAACAUCUACAUUAAGAAGUCGAAGACGUCUCGCAAAUAUUCUUGUUCUUGCCGGUUUCGUUUUUAUGGCAUGUUGGUCACCUCACGUCAUUUGUUUAAUCUUUCGAGAAUUUUCAAUAACAAGUGGAUGCUCAAAUACUGUAACGGAAUUCGUGAUGCUUUUAGGAUUUGCACAUUCAGCCGUAUCGCCAAUACUUCAUUGGGUUCUCAAUUAUAAUUCUUUGCGUCAAUCAGCAUGUCAACCAUUCGCAAAACUCAAUUCAGCACAACGAUUUUUACGCUCACAUUUAAGAUUUACUGGCCCACCACCAGCCCCGCCAAGUAGUACGAAUGAAGCAGCACUUGGACCAUUCAAUCCAAGAUUUAUUAAACAACGUCCACAAGUUCACAAGCCUCCAGCCUCUUCUCAUUAUCUUUAUUGA